GAAGGCUGCUGCGGUCAUAAGUUAAAUCACAUGACUGAACCAACGCUGCAAGGCAUUGUGGGUAUUGGAGUCAUUCAGAUGGAGGGGAGACGCCAACGGUCGAAACGAAAGAUGGAGACAGCAAUUAACAAAAAAGCAGACAGCAAGUUUUUGAAGAAAAUGUCCAUUUCUUCGCUGGAAGCUGACAAAAUUUUAACUGCAUCAAGAGCAGACAUUCCUGAACAUGGUGGCUAAAUCAAGCUUCUGAUAUUGGUCGACUCCUGUGGUCCUUCGUCACUCUGCUGACAGCUGCUUGCCAGAGUCCAGAUGAAUGCCAACGCUCCCUCCAGGAUCCGAUGAUUACAGGGCAGCUGAGCAAGCCGCUGCUCUCCCUGCGCAGCGACAUGAGCGCGGCAGAACUCCGGGCGGACGACAAAGCGGCCACCCCAGACAGCGAUCUGAACGACGAGCCCCUGCUCCUGCCCUCCGAGGCCACGGACAGAGAGGGCACUCCCAGCAAGCUUUACGGAGCUCGUGACGGAUCGGUUCAGUCUGACGCCAGCAGCAGUCCUUCUGAGCAGAGUCACCUGGGCCAGUCUCACCCAGGAUACCCGAUGGGUCCACAGUCUCUCCUGGUGGCCCAGCAACUGGCCAAUGCGGUAGGUGGCGUGAUGUCCGGGGCGGCGCCGGGCAUGAACCAGCCCAUCCUCAUCCCCUUCAACGCAGGCGGACACCUGGGCGGGCAGCAGGGCCUGGUGCUCUCCCUCCCCACAGCCAACAUCCAGAGCCUGGUGGCGGCUGCUGCUGCAGGGGGCAUCAUGACGCUUCCCCUCCAGAACCUGCAAGCUACCUCAUCACUGAACUCCCAGCUCCAGCACCUGCAGCAGCUCCAACAGAUGCAGCACCACCACCAGCAGCAACAGCAGCAGCAGCAGCAGCAGCAGCAGCAACAUCAGCAGCAACAGCAGCAGCAGCAGCACCAUCACCAACAGACCCACUCCCACCCCCAGAACCAGCUGCCACCCCAGCAUCACAUGACCCCACCCAGCCAGCAGCAGACCUCAGUCCCGUCUCCAGGUUCUGCCUGCUCCUCCACCUCCGGACAGCCGCAGCAGUCCCCGCCACACCGGCCGAACCAGUCACCGGCCCGCAGCCUCCCCUCACCAGUCACUCCGCCCAUGCCUUUGCCGCUGAAUCCUCUGGCCAGCCAGGCAGCGGUAGCAGCAGCAGCAGCCAUGGGAUCCAUCGCCGGCUCUCAGGUGUUUGGCAACACCCUGUCAAACCUGCAAGGGGCCACCGGGCAGCUGGUCACCAACGCACAAGGACAGAUAAUUGGAACAAUCCCACUGAUGCCCAACUCUGCAGGGCCCUCCAGCCAAUCAGGGGGUGGCAACCCAGCACUGCAGGUACAGCCAAUUACACCUCAGCUUCUGACCAACGCUCAAGGCCAGAUCAUCGCCACGGUGAUCGGCAAUCAGAUCCUGCCUGUCAUCAACACCCAGGGAAUCACGCUGUCACCAAUCAAGCCUGGACAGCAGCUGCCUCAGGCUCAGCAGGGUCAGACGGGCCCUGCAUCGUCUCAGCCCAACCUGCUCCACAUGCCCCACAGACAGAGUCCUCUCCACCAGGCCUCUUCCUCCUCCUCCACCUCCUCCUCCUCCUCGGCUCUCAGCGUGGGGCAGCUGGUCAGCAACCCACAGACCGCCCCCAGCGAGGUGGACGGGGUCAACCUGGAGGAGAUUCGCGAAUUUGCCAAAGCAUUCAAGAUCCGCCGGCUGUCCCUGGGCCUGACACAGACUCAGGUGGGCCAGGCCCUCAGCGCCGCCGAGGGGCCGGCGUACAGCCAAUCUGCCAUCUGCAGACACACCAUCCUGAGAAGCCACUUUUUCCUACCACAGGAAGCCCAAGAGAACACUAUAGGUAGCAGUCUGACAGGCAAACUGAACCCUGGCCUUUUAUAUCCUGCCAGGUUUGAGAAGUUGGACAUCACCCCUAAAAGCGCCCAGAAGAUUAAGCCCGUUCUGGAGCGCUGGAUGGCCGAGGCUGAAGCCCGCCACCGAUCCGGCAUGCAGAACCUGACUGAGUUUAUCGGCAGCGAGCCCUCGAAAAAACGCAAGCGGAGGACCUCUUUCACCCCGCAGGCGCUCGAGAUCCUCAACAGCCACUUUGAGAAGAACACACACCCCUCCGGACAGGAAAUGACGGAAAUAGCCGAGAAACUGAACUAUGACAGGGAGGUGGUGCGCGUCUGGUUCUGCAACAAGAGGCAAGCCUUGAAAAACACAAUAAAGCGUUUGAAACAGCCCGACCUCGGCCCGGCUGCACCAAUGGACCCUCUCACUGAUUCUCUAGAGGAGCUGCCCAAAUGAACGAGCUCUCCGGCAAAACAGUGGAGUGGAAAAGUGGCAGCCAUUAAAAACAACAAAGGUGGAUGAACUCCUCUUGAAAUGAGAACUGAAAAAUGUUCCCAAGUCACCUGGAUGGACAGUCCUGAGUUUGCAAACAAUAUGUGUUGUGAGUGUGAUUAACCACAGUUAUGUAAAUGGCGAAACCAAAAACACGAAAAAAGAGAUUAAUAUCUGAGAAUUAUGUACAAACAUACGGUGUGCUGUUUCAAAGAGUUUUAGAUUCUGGCCUUACAGACCAGACUGUCGCCCAAAUUUUGGCUCCCACAAGGAGGGAUUUAGUAAAGAGAUCAUACCAAAUCUAAACACUAUUUACCAAAGUCUGUUGCAUCUGAGUACUAAGAAUAAUUUUGUAAUGUAAAUGUGCUCUAAAUUUUUACAUUUGUACUGGCAAAAUCUAAGCUAUAUGUGUGAGGUUGAGUAUACAUUUUAUCUUUGUCUCGCUUACUUUUUUCUUCAUUGUUUGUAAAUAUCCUUAUAAAAGAAAAAAAAAAGAAAAAAUGCCGUCUUCAAAUUGAAAUCACGACUGAAAAAGUUCUCUUUUGGACAAAAAAAUGAAACCUUUGCUGUUAAACGAUUGCAUAAUAAUGUUGUUUGCCUCCUAUUUGUGUUUCAUCUGCAAAUAUUUUCAGUCACGGUGUAACUUUGUACAACUUUUACAGGUAUUUAUUAAUGAUUUCAUGAGAUUGUUUCAGAGGAUGGACAAAAAGGGAGAGGGAACUAAGGACUGUCAUGCGAUAGCAAUGAUGAUGAGGGGUUUCGGUGUCUGUCGAGUCUCCUGCAGCUUUGUUUUGAGCUACUGUGUCAUUCUGUUGCCAAAGCCUGAUAGCCAAAGAACACACACAACUUCAGCUCAAGGACUGGGGAAGAUUUUACCCUUUUAUUUAUUUGUUCACAUGGCUUUUCUCCCCCUUUUUCUAAAGUGUUUUACUCUGUGGGUCUAAUUGAAAAGAAAGAAAAAAACACUAUCAUGUCAAACAGCUACAACAGUGUCUGCUGUAAUUUCUUACCACUGCAUUAUAGAAAAUGGGUUUUCUUUUCCCUGCAUGCUUCAACUUAAACCACAUAAAGAGGUAUUUAUAUAUAAUUUCCACCAGGCAGCCCAAACUUUACAUCAUUUGAUUGAAAAAUAGCGCAUUAUUUUGCAUAUUAGACUCUUUAAUUAAGCCCUAAAAUGAACUAAACGUGUGCAGUUGAAGCAUUUUUGUUGCCACUGACCAAACUACUGAGCUCAUGUCAGUUUAGAUGUUUUUAUAAAGCGAAUAUCUCAUAUCGGAUAUGCUUUUCUGCUAAGAUAACGUUGUUUUUCCAUCAUAUUCUGCUUACUUUUCAGCUAAAUUAAGAUUACAGAAAUGUGUUUUUCACUUCUGAAUAGAUCCUUACAUCAUUUUAAAACUGCUAAUUUAAUAGAUUAUCGUCAAGAGUUUAUGUAUUUGUGGUUUUUUCUAUUAUGGUUUGCAUGGGUGGAAUUAAUUUCAGUCCACUGAUGUCAAUAAUCGACUCUCCAUCUCUGCACACUUUUACUUUUACAUGGUAGUACCUUGUCAGAAAUGUCAAUAAUCCAGACCAAAAAAAAGAAAGAAAAACCUCUCAGACCAUCACUACAAAUAUUUGGCUCUUACAAAAACCCUCACAGGAAUAAGGAGGGGGAAAAAAAGAGGUGUUUGUUGAGAAUAAGUGUCACAUGUCAGGAUGAGUGAACUUAAUUUGAAGUGAGGUGAAAUUUGAUGCAAUUUUAUUCAGAAUCAUGUGUCUGCUCAAUAUAUGUCCCUCCAUGUCACAUUGGUUAUCUCAGUUUUUUUUCGAUCCCCUGUGCACCGCUGUGUUCUUCUUCACUGCCUGGAAAACAAUCACACACACUGUAAAUGUCAGAAAACACACACAAAAAAGCUUUACAUGUCUGUGGUUUUAAAGGAAUCACAGAGAAAAGGCAGCAAAACCAGACAAUUUUAGCUAAAUCUUCAUCUGCACAUCCACAGCGGCUCCUUUUCACCUCUAGAUUUUGUGUAUUUUUAUUUCCUCCCAUUAGGAAAAAAAACUUCAGGCAAACCUUUGGCCAAGAAACGCAUCAUGUCUCCACAGAUAAUUAUAUGAGAAAGGAGCAGUGGAUCAGUUCUGAGGCUUACCAAUAAAGCUGUAACCAAAACCAAAAAAAAGAGAAAUAAAUAAAAAGAAGACACAGAAAGGAGUUAUGCCUUUGCUCAACCUUUCAAUGCUGGACCAAAGCUCUAUAGUUAUGCACAUUGUACAGAGAAAUAGAUUCAUGAUGUUGACAAUCUUUAAAAAUCUGAGAAGAAUUGAAGAGUAGAAAUGUACAGUAGUUUCAUCCAAGGUUUACCUCAGUACUGUUCUUGUGAGUAUCAUACAAAUGCCAUAAAAGCAGCCGCAGGUCAGUAGAAAAGACAGAAGAUUACUCUGCACUGUGUGUCGAUGUUCACCUUCAACGUGGAGGGAGAGGCUUGUGGUUCGUUUUCUUUUUUAUGAAGUGACACAUGAUUGUUUUUUUUUCGUGAAGUGGUUUCUGAGCCACUUGUGACUCAUCUGUUUUCUAUUAUUGUAGAAUUAUUUCUCAUUCCUUUUUUGUGUCGUACGUUCACCUCUCAGUUCUCACAGCCCUAUAGACCCGCGUAGAGGAAAAAAAGAGAUUACAGUGAUGUUGCUCUUAACCCAAUUAGGAUGAUUUGUUUAUCACCUUGAAGUACAUUUGUGAAAUUUUACUAACACAGCCAAACUGGUUUGAUGUUUUGUUGAUAGUUGAAGACCUAGAAACCAAAGCUGAAGAGCCUGCAGAGGUUGGUUUUCAUUUUUUUAUAGACUGAAAACUGUACUUAAUCUAUAGAGCAAUAUCUGUUUGGUCAGUUAAGCAGCACUUUGUGUAUUUCUUUAAAAAAAUGAGAAAAAAACAAAGCUUCAAGUCUGUCACAUUGAUUUGUACCAUAAUUAGUAAUAAACAAUUGUUUGACAUGAA